AUGAACAGGAUCAGUCGACCGAUUUCCACCCUUUUAGGGCGUGUUGUGCCUCCAACCACCAAUCAGACCAGCACUACCACACCAUCAACGACAACCACUCCGACACUUAAUACAUCGCCUUCAAGGACCACUGUGAUUCCCCUUCCGGCAGCACACUAUUACUACGUGCCCUUGAGUAUCGACGCCCAAUUGGCAACAAACGUUCUGCCACCUACUGUGACUGUAUCGCGUACUGCUACGCCUGCAACCCAAACUUCGACACCAGCAUCCACCACAGCUACACCAUCAGCAUCAGCCCCACGUACUGUGAGACUUAAUUCUCCAAUGGCAGAGGACCCAGAUCCGUUUCUGCAAUGUUCCUCCCCGCACUUUGCAUCUCAGCGUCAGCGUGUUCUUCUUCCGACAGUUCACUUGACUUCAACGCCGGUGGUCACGGCCGUUGUAGGAUCAAGACCUACUACCACCUCUUCUGGUACUCCUGGCACUGCCACAUGGACCCAAAUGAUGCCACCAAAUCCCACUGUUUCUUCUCAACCGCCUGCGACAACCACAACUAAUUCAUCCACGGAAUCUUCGACUACGCGCAGCGACUCGGCAUCCAACCUUCGAUUUCCCCAGUUAUCCAGCCUUCCUCAGCAGAUCGCUUUCUUUGUCUCGGCUGCCACCAAUGCUGCUGCAUCUGCAGCCAGUGCCAGCGGAUUGCACCUAAACCAUCCGCCGUUCAAUUUUUUGAUUCCUUCAAAUCCAUUACAACCCACAGCCAAUGUGUCACGUCCAUACACCAACAUACCUUUUGCGGGCACGGAUUCUUCGGAUCACAAUUUAUCCUCCGGAGAUCCAUCGGUUGUGGCGCCGUCUUGGGCUGGUGUCCGUGGAGAUGUACCUUUGGCCAGUCUACCUUCCACACCUCGUUCAUUCACAAUGUUUGUCGAGUGCUUGGUUGAUGCUGUCUGGUUUCAGUUGUCACAUUUAGCUCGGGAGGAUGGCAUUGACUUGAAUGUUCCAUCCAGUGUCUGGCGUCCAUCUCAGACGGUAGAUCGCCCGCCGCGUAAUGAAUGGCUUUUCAGGCGAUUCUUGCAUGAUGUGGUAUCCACAGUACAAUCUGAACUGUCUGUGUCGCGUCCCGAAACAUCACCGCCACAUCCUCUGGCACCCUCUGGACACGGCAUGCGACCCUUUGCCGAGCUACUGGAUGGUAUCCGCCCGCGAUUGACCCAUCUGGUGUCACAUACGGACACGGCAGUGCGACAGCUCAGUGAGAAUUGUCUCACAGAUGGUUUGAUCAGUUUGUUGUUCAACGACCGUGUCACUGACGGAGAUGUCCCAUAUUCUUCGGAAUCUAUGGAGAGUCGUGCCAUUAGUUGGGUUUGCCAGCGCGUCACGGAUACUCGUGAAGUAAUUGAUGUUCGUGCUUCUCUAGCCAGUGUGUUCCGCGCACGACCUUCCCAAAUGGAACAGUGUGUGUUGGAUGACACAGAUUUGGAAGACUUGCCCUUUGUGGACGCUUCUUCUGAACUACCGAUCAAUAAUAUGGAAAAGCCACUGUGCGGGUCACCAUUACCUUACGGAGUUCCUAAACCAGGAGAGAUUCCGGAACCGAUUUCUCGAGCUUUAGAUCCUCAUCCGGAUAGUGCUCGCUCGUUGUUGGACGCUGCUGUGGCUACAAAUCUGCCAAAUCCAGAAGGCUGGCAUGCAGCUCUGCCUCCCGAGUGGCUUCAUGUUGUGGCUGGAGAUGUGACCAACAUGAAUCGCAUCUCGCCGUCAGAAAAUGGCUCCGCUGAUCAGUUCCAGCGCUUCAGUGAUGCAUACAUAGCGGGCAUGCCGGCUAAACGUCGAAAAGUUAGUUCAUUCACUGUCUUUCGGAAUAAAUAA